AUGGGCAAGAAAGACCUCGACGACCGGCCGGCCUACCUGAGCUCCGACAAUGCCAAAUACUCCCUCGGUGUGCAUCGUGGCCCCCUGCCCACCGGCCACGAUGACACCUCCAAGCUCGAACAGGUCGAGUCUGUCGGUGGUGUCUCGCUGGCGACCACCCACCGGACGCGCAAACAGAAGAUGGCGCGCCAUUGGAAGCGAUUCUGGUGCUGUUACUUGGUCGGCAAUAUUAUCUUCUUGGCCAUCUUGCUACCCAUCUUCUUCCUCGUCAUUAUUCCCGCCAUUUCUCAAUUGGUCGUCAACAAGUCCGACCUAGUAUUGGUCAACGCGGCCGUCAUGCAGCCUCGUCCCGAUUCCAUCCAGCUGACGUUGGUAUCCGCAUUGGACUUGAAGAUCGCCCUGCCUGUGCGCAUUGAACCAAUCGUGCUGAACCUGUUCAACCGCGACACUGGCUCCGAUAACCCCUGGGGCAAUAUCACCAUUGACGGCAAGACUAUCAAGGGCAACACCACCCUCGGAGUUACCGAUAAGCAUACCCCGUUGUCCAACGUGACCGUCUGGACCAAUUACGUGCAUGAUGUCGUGUUCAAGAAGGAGUCCGCGCUGUCACUCCAUGGCUCGACCAAUUCCUUCCUUGGAAAGCUCAAGUCGCGUGUGACUAUGGAUAAGGACGUGGUGUCGCCGACACUCAACUCUUUCGCCGGUUUCAGCAUCUCCGACGGCACUCUUCUCCUAAGCCCCCUCUCGGACGGCACCAACCUCAUCGGCAAUGCCACGCUCCCCAACCCCUCCGUCUUGACCAUCGAGAUCGGCACCAUCAUCCUCGACAUCUACAGCGGCAGCCUCCUCAUUGGCAACGCCACCUUGGAAGGCCUCACCCUAAAGCCCGGCAAUAACACCAACCCCAUCAACGGCGUAUUGGACCUGAAGAAGAUCAUCGGCCACCUCGGCGAGGUCCUCAAAUCGCAAGCCUCCGCUCUCAAGACCGGAAACUUAGCUCUCGACACCAUCACGCGGUCUGUAGUCUGGAACGGCACCGAAGUCCCCUACUAUACCAAGGUUAUGCACGAGCUCACCCUCAAGGCAAACGUGGGCCUGGUCUCCAUCCUCAAGAACACCCUGCACACCCUGCUGCACCCCGACGGUAGCAGCGGCAGCGGCAGCGGCAACUUUACCUCCCUCAUCUCCAGCCUGAAUCUCACCUCGGCCGUGGACGAGGCAAAGGCCAGUCUCAACUCAUCCGAUAGCAGUGCGGUAUCAUCCGCGUUGAAGCGCAACGUCCAUCUCAUGGAUGUCUUCAAGGACGAGCACCCCGUCAAGCGGGACGCUAUAAUCGACUCGCUGGCAAAUCUCUACGUGAAGGAGUAA